AAGGCGUUGAUUUAGGAGCAUAUAGACAGCGGCCGCGGGAGGCGGUGUGCUUGUAGAAAAGCCGCUGCGGCGGUCCGCUAAGUGCGGCACAAAUGCAUGACACGCGGCUGCGGAAGGCAGUGCGCUUAGGAAGCCCGCCGCGGCGGCACGCCGAAUUGAAGGCGUUGAUUUAGGAGCAUAUAGACAGCGGCCGCGGGAGGCGGUGUGCUUAUAGAAAAGCCGCUGCGGCGGUCCGCUAAGUGCGGCACAAAUGCAUGACACGCGGCUGCGGAAGGCAGUGCGCAUAGGAAGCCCGCCGCGGCGGCACGCCGAAUUGAAGGCGUUGAUUUAGGAGCAUAUAGACAGCGGCCGCGGAAGGCGGUGCGCUUAUAGAAAAGCCGCUGCGGCGGUCCGCUAAGUGCGGCACAAAUGCAUGACACGCGGCUGCGGAAGGCAGUGCGCUUAGGAAGCCCGCCGCGGCGGCACGCCGAAUUGAAGGCGUUGAUUUAGGAGCAUUUAGACAGCGGCCGCGGAAGGCGGUGUGCUUGUAGAAAAGCCGCUGUGGCGGUCCGCUAAGUGCGGCAUGAAGGACGCUAUGAAGUGGGAGCCUGAACACCGGGCAAGGAUGCUGGAACUUAUAUGGUCUCACCGCAACUCUAUUGUUCCCUUUGGCCGUAAGUUUACUUCAUCACUUAUCUCGUUGGAAGUGCGAGGUAGGAUGGUGCUUAUAGGCGAUUUGUCAGCCCUUGAGCCCUCGGCUCGUACUAGGGUGGUUUGCAGGAGCAGAGAAAAAUUGGCCGAGAACUACCGGAGCAGUCGGCUUCCCCGAGCAGUAGGGAAUCGGCGAGUGGCAGUGACGAAGAUAUGCAACCCGGGCGGACGACCAGGGCCAGGAGGGCGGAAUCGGAGGACAUACGCCAGGCUAGAGCCGAAGGGUCAUCCGCUGCCGGCAGACAAGCGGAAAGGGACAUCCGGUCCGAAUCCAGGGGCCCGGUCGGGCAACAAGUGGAUUGGCGAGCCUUGGGGAAAGACGUUGGCUGCAAAACACGGAGACAAGGCCAUGUCACUCAGAGGCACGUUCGAGCCCAACGCGGCCUCAGACCCAGGAGCGAUAGUGGCAUUACGAAUCGGAGGAUUUGGGCUCCGAGGACGGCAGUCAACUUUUGUGGGGCGGCGCAAAGAACUUAUGGUGAUCGGUCUGACGGACGCGCUGGAACAGUUUUUCUGGCGGGCCGCCUCGCCGUCGGCCGCCUCGCCGUCGGCUGCCUCGCCGUCGGCCGCUUUGCCGUAA